AAAAGACAGAAACUUUGAAAGACUUCAUUUGACUAAUUUAUAUGGUGCAAGCUGUUGAUCAACUUCACAUGAACUUUUAAACACACAGAUUUUUACCUCCAUCACUUACAUUGUAAGUGCAUGAUGAAGGAAUCUCUUGAUGGUCAGUGUGAAUAGGAGGAAUGAUUACAGCAAGUAAAACGUGUCAAUGUUCAUUUGGGCUCCUGAAUAUUGUUUUAGGACAGACUUGAUAAAUUGUGACUCUGUAACAGGCAGGAUUAGUGGACGAUUGUCUGUUCUGAUGCAGAUUUAAAAAUGUCUACGUGAGAAAAAACUUCAGACUACAGAAAGUAAAAGGAGGCCACAGUCGUAAACAUUUGACAUUUGAGGUGUUAAAACAAGUUGAGACAUCCUGCACAAACAAACUCUUCGCUCUAUUUGACCCGCAGAUUAUGAUUAGGGCAGGAAGCUGUGGCCUCUAUGUCAUAAAGUCAGACUUUAGGUGUGAAGCAGCUCCAUCACGUUCCCAGUCAGUCAGUCUAUCUGCAGCCAAGCAGCAUGGAGAUCACAAUACUGUGCACUGUCGUUGCUUCCCUGAGAGUCCUUCCCAACAAAUCUCAGUUUUUUCAGUACGAGUCGUUCUCUCUGAGCUGUGGGGAGCCGGGAAAGUCAUCUCAUUGGAGAGUUAUAAAGAACACAUCUACAUUAAUAAACGAAGAGUGUCGCCCAUCCUUGAAUGAAAGAAAUGAAUCUCACUGCUUGAUCGAUGACCUUUACCCAUCUGACACUGGAGUGUACUGGUGUGAGUCUGGAGCAGGAGAGUGCAGCAACACCAUCAACAUCACUGUGGCCGCUGGUCCUGUGAUCCUGGAGAGUCCUGUCCUUCCUGUGAUGGAGGGAGACGACGUGACUCUGAGCUGUAAGAAUAUAAAUACAACUUCUUCUUCCAACCUCACAACCAAUUUCUACAAAAAUGGCUUCCUCAUGGCGACCAGCUCUACAGGAAACAUCACCAUCCACAGCAUUUCUAAAUCUGAUGAAGGAUUCUACAAGUGUAACAUCUCUGGAGUUGGACAAUCACCAGACAGCUGGCUGGCUGUCAGAGCAGGGCGAUGUAAGCCGUCUCAGUGCCCCCUCACAUGCAUUCUACUUCCUGUGGUGGGCUUCUGCCUCUUGCUAGCCUCGUUGAUGCUGUUCUACCUCUGGAGAAGGCUUAAAGGUAAACUCAACACUGAUGUCUCCUAUACUGAUGUCAUCAUCACACAGCAAGUGGAACCAAAGAGGAUCAGAGAUGUGGAUGCUGCAUCAGUCUACUCAACAGUUAAACCAGGAACCACCUGACAGGAAACAGAACCAGUGAUGAAAUGUGUAUUUCUAUAAUUUUAUGGAUUAAACAGAUGAAAUGUUCAAUGUGCUUUUAUUGAAAACAGAAUCGAUUACAGUUUAUUUUCCUCAGCGCUGUGGCUGAAAAUAGUUCAAGACUCACCUAAGCGUUCAGGACUCAUUCUGACAUUUGCAGAAAUGAAACUACUUAAAUAACAAGGGAAUAAAGUCCUAUUGUUUGACAAAGACACUUAACUCUCAGUCUAAAUAUAAUGAAACAGAGAGUUCAUUGUCUGUGUCUUCAUGAGACUCACCUGACCUGUUCAAAAAAUAUAAACAAGAAACUUGUGGGAAACUACAUACAGGGACUUUUUCUUAGCUUGAUGUAGAGAAACCGGAACAGACAACAGAAGAGCUACUGAUUAAAAUUAUCGUUAAGACUAAAUAAGUUUUACUACCAUUUAUUGAACAUGUCACAUUCAUGAUAAUUUGUUUCUAAAGCAGGAAAAAAGGAUAAAACAGAGACACGAUUAGACAAACACUGCACCAGAGGCUUCAAGUUUCCACAUCACCCCUUAAAAUCUGAUUUUCAAUGAGCACAGAGA